AUGUCAAACGCCUUGGCACCAGCAAGGACGCUCUUCAGGAGCGUUCUCGGCGCAUCCGCCCAGCAGUGCCGACGAUGCCUCUCGCAGGCGGCAACAGCGAAGCACGUCCGACCAGCGACUGCGCCAAGCCCUCUCCAGGCCGCGCGAAACCAAUUCACCAUGCAGAAGAGGACCAAGGUGUACAAGUCCAUCGCAGAGCAGAAGAGUCGGUACCGAUCAGGGCCCUUUUCCUGGAAGGCCGGUAUUCUGUUCGUCGCCACGGCCGGCGGUCUCAUGUGGUACUUUGAGUUUGAAAAGGAGCGCAUGCAGCGGAAGCGCAUUGCCGAUGCCACCAAGGGCGUGGGCAAGCCCAAGGUUGGCGGCCCCUUCGAGCUGAUCGACCAGAACGGCAACGCGUUCACGAGCGAGGACAUGAAGGGACGGUAUGCACUGGUACGUAGGGUGACAGGAACAAUGGUGCUCUGGACAGUCUGUGGAUAG